UCCUUCCAGAUGCCGCACUCCAGACGGUACCGGUCAUCUGAGAGGCGGAGCAGAGGAAGCUACCACGAGCGCUACAGAAGCCGGAAGCACAGGAGGAGAAGAAGCAGGUCGCGAAGCAGCAGCAGUGUUCGAGGCCGUGAACGUCGUCACAGGCAUGGCGACAGUUAUCAGGAAAGGUCGCGGAGUUAUGACGCACGAUCGUCAGACAGACGAGCUUACGACCGAAGAUAUGUCGACGCUUACCGGAGGAACGAUUACAGCCGGGACAGAGCCCUGUACUAUGACGCCGAGUACCGCCACUCGUACGACUACCGGCGCUCCCACGAGGACAGCUACAGGAGCGGCAAGAGCAGCCGACGCAAACAAAAACGCAGGAAGCAUAGAACAAGGUCUUAUAGUCGCUCGUCAUCGAGGAGUCGCCAGAGCAGCAGCAGGCAGGCCAAGAGUGUUGAAGACGACGUGGAGGGUCACCUGAUCUAUCGCAACGGCGACUGGCUACAAGAAAGAUAUGAGAUUGUCAGCACACUGGGCGAGGGUACCUUUGGCCGGGUUGUGCAGUGUAUAGACCACAGAAGGGGUGGAAGCCGAGUGGCUCUAAAAAUCAUAAAAAAUGUGGAGAAAUACAAAGAAGCAGCACGAUUAGAGAUAAACGUGCUGGAGAAGAUUAUCGAGAAGGACCCAGACAAUAAAAAUCUCUGUGUACGGAUGUUCGACUGGUUUGACUAUCACGGACACAUGUGCAUCUCUUUCGAGCUUUUGGGUCUCAGCACCUUCGACUUCCUAAAGGAGAACAACUACCUGCCGUACCCCAUCCACCAAGUGCGGCACAUGGCCCAGCAGGUGUGCCAGGCAGUGAAAUAUCUUCAUGACAAUAAGCUGACUCAUACCGAUCUGAAGCCAGAGAACAUCCUGUUUGUCGAUUCUGACUACGACCUGACGUACAAUGUUGAAAAGAAGAGAGAUGAGAGGUGUGUGAAGAAUACAGACAUCAGAGUUGUGGAUUUCGGCAGCGCCACGUUCGACAGCGAACACCACAGCACUAUAGUGUCCACCCGCCACUACCGAGCGCCGGAGGUCAUCCUCGAACUGGGAUGGAGCCAGCCGUGUGACGUGUGGAGCAUUGGUUGCAUUAUCUUUGAGUAUUAUGUGGGCUUCACCCUCUUCCAGACGCAUGACAACAAGGAGCACCUGGCUAUGAUGGAGAGGAUUCUGGGUCCUGUCCCCUCUAAGAUGGUUCGGAAGACCAGGAAGCAGAAAUAUUUCUACCAUGGUCGGCUUGACUGGGAUGACAACUCAUCGGCUGGACGCUACGUACGGGAGAACUGCAAACCUCUGAGGAAGUACAUGGUCAGCGACUCGGUAGAUCACCGGCAACUCUUCCAUCUCAUAGAGGGCAUGCUGGAAUAUGACCCAUCCAAACGUCUUUCCCUGGCCGAGGCUCUGAAACACCCGUUUUUCUCCCCCCUGAAGAGUGAGCACAUCCCGAAACACUGGGACACAGGGCGAGAAAUCAGCCGAUGACUACACUGGAAACCAGCCAGAUGAAGGGUCUCCCCGAUUCUGGCGCUUCAAUACUU